AUGGAUUUCGGAGACGUCGACCUCGCAGCUGAGAAACGGAAGAUUUAUCAGCCAGUAGUACUUGGAACAGAGUGCUACCUCCCAGACUUCGCUCUUUCAGAUGAACAUCGUCGGCAGAAGUCAGUGCAAUGGACACAAGGCGGCGACAGAUCCGACGAGUACGCCCUGGUGAUGUUCGCAUACCGAGCAAAGGACAAGAAAAGUAUGCUCGACGGCCGCUUGUUCAUUUCAACGAAGAAGCUAGCAGAGUUUCGAAAGUUGACAACAGAAUAUCGGAAUGAGAACAGCAAGAACAACUGGCGCUCAUUUGUUGUCUCCAACGACUUCCAAUACGGCCAGGUGGACGCAAAGGAGACAGGUCGUUUCUUAGUUCUGCAUGACAAGAGCCAGAAGCUCUAUCAGCAUCGUUUUGUCAAUUCUCGCUGGGUAAAGGCGGGAACUCUAUCUUUCGAUUUACUUAAUCGCGCUGGCUUUGGAUCGAAAGAUGGAUUGGACUUUGCUGCACAGCAAAGUAAGAGUGUGGUCGGUGACUACUUGAAGAACUUUGACGGUACCGUGGUARCCGGCGGAGGUUUGGACGAAUUGUUUGCGGUCUUCUCGGGGUCUAAAUAG